AUGCCUCUGAUAGGAUAUGACGGUACUCUCUGCUACCAUCCUUCCGACAACUGUCCAAGACGUUAUGCUUUCUGGGUGUAUGAACCCUCUCUCAUCGUCAACUCAGCUUUCCUUGUGCUCUUCGGUACAUCCUUCAUCACUUUCGUCGUUCAAGGCACUGCAGAUGCAAAGUGGCUUGGUUUCAGUCUAGCCAUGGCUAUUGGUUGCGCGCUCGAGGUUGCUGGCUACGCGGGACGCAUACUAGCCCAGCAAGACAUGUAUGCAGAGACCCCUUUCCUCGUCCAAAUCAUCUGCCUGACCAUCGGUCCCGCCUUCCUUGCUGCGGGCAUCUAUCUCUGCCUCUCGCGUAUCGUCACAAGUAUCGGUCCCGAAUAUUCGCGUAUCAAGCCAUUCUCUUAUCCAAAGAUCUUUAUCCCCUGCGACAUCAUCUCCCUUGUGCUCCAGGCUGUCGGAGGAGGCAUGGCCAGUGUUGCUAUACACAACGGCAAGAAAAUCAAGAAGGGCGACAACGUCAUGGUUGCCGGCCUAGCUUUCCAGGUUGCAACAAUGUUCGCAUUCAUCCUGAUAGCUGUCGACUUCGCCUGGCGCACAUUCCGCAACCAUAAUUUGCUUCCACAAACUACUCAAAAUCAAAGCCAAGUAAAUUCUAAAAUAUCACGGCGAUUCAAGGGCUUCAUCAUCGCCUUGACCUUGUCCACCAUUUGCAUCUUCAUAAGAUGCGUGUUUCGGGUUGCCGAGCUGAGUCAAGGCUGGAGAGGUGAGCUCGCCACGACCCAAAAGUACUUCAUUGGUCUAGAAGGCGCAGUCAUUGUUGCAUCAGUCUUGCUUCUGAACCUCUGCCAUCCAGCGUACUGCUUCAACAAUACCAGGGAUGCAAGGGAUGGGCAACUCAGCAGGAAGAUUUGCUUCUUGAAGAGAAGGUCUGCUGUAAAUCAGAGUGAGGCUAGCGAUGCUGAGCUAACACAAGUCACUGCUACACCGCCAAAGUAA